GUUGGUUCUCCUGUUAUGUCUUGGGCUGCAGCUUUUCCUUUGCCUCUGUUCCAGGUGGUGAUGUUCUGGACUAUGAUGCUGAAUGGUCCUUUACCCAGAGCCCUGUAGAAUUUGGAGCACCCAACUCUCCAGGCAAGCGCCUAUGAUGCCCUGUCUUCCAUCUUGCCAGAGGCCUUCAGCAGUCUGCCGAAUGACAGGCAGAUCCUGUGCAUCACAGUGCUGCUCGGACUGAAUGACAGCAAGAAUCGCUUAGUGAAAGCUGCAAACUCAAGGGCCCUGGGAGUCUAUGUGCUUUUUCCCUGUCUCAGGCAGGAUGUCAUAUUUGUUGCAGACACAGCAAAUGCAAUAUUGAUGUCACUUGAAGACAAGUCUCUGAAUGUUCGAGCCAAAGCAGCCUGGUCCCUGGGCAACCUGACAGACACUCUGAUUGUCAACAUGGAAACACCAGACCCAAGUUUCCAGGAAGAGUUCUCUGGUCUCCUGCUCUUGAAAAUGUUACGAUCAGCUGUAGAAGCAUCCAAGGAUCAAGACAAGGUAAAGAGCAACGCAGUCCGGGCCCUUGGAAAUUUGCUUCAUUUUCUGCAACCCUCUCAUAUAGAAAAACCCACAUUUGCAGAAAUAAUUGAGGAGUCUAUCGAGGCGCUAAUUUCUACUGUUUUAACAGAAGCUGCCAUGAAAGUCCGAUGGAAUGCUUGUUAUGCAAUGGGAAAUGUAUUUAAAAAUCCUGCCCUUCCAUUAGGGACAGCCCCAUGGACCUCCCAGGCCUACAGUGCCCUGACAUCGGCCGUGACAUCAUGCAAGAACUUCAAAGUGCGCAUCAGAUCUGCCACUGCCCUUUCCAUCCUGGGGAAGAGAGAGCAGUAUGGGUCUGUUGAACAGUAUGCUCGGAUCUGGAAUGCAUUGGUCACCGCCUUACAGAAGAGCGAAGACACCAUAGACUUUUUGGAAUUCAAGUACUGUGCCAGCCUACGGACCCAAAUCUGCCAGGCACUGAUUCACCUCUUGAGCUUGGCCAGUGCCUCGGACCUCCCUUGUAUCAAAGAAAUCCUUGAACUGAAUGGGAAUAUGGUCCAGUCCUAUAUCCUACAGUUUUUAAAAUCUGGAGCAGAGGGAGAUGACACUGGAGCACCUCACAGCCCACAGGAAACAGACCAGAUGGUCAGAAUGGCCCUUAAGCACAUGGGCAGCAUCCAGGCACCAGCUGGAGACACAGCCAGAAGGGCCAUCAUGGGCUUUUUAGAAGAGAUCCUGGCCAUUUGUUUUGACUCAUCUGGAUCACAAGGGGCACUCCCAGGGUUAACGAAUCAGUGAGGAUCCCACCAUACUUUCUAGGUAUCGAAGGUAGCAGUAGGAAGACCUGAGCUUGAGCAUAAGAUCUGUGGGAUUUCAUCCUAGGAGCAGAAACAAUCCAUUCACUAUUUAUUUAGAAUGACUUAGCAGCAAUUUAAAUUUUCACAGAGGGCUCAACCACCUUUGGAGUGGCUCCAUGGCACUGGCCAUGGUCAGGGUUGUUGGAAUGUCUGACCUGUGCAUUCAGGAGCCGAGGAGUCAGGUUGUAAUAUGGGCUAAGCAGACAGGGCUGUGAGGGCAUUUAGUCUCAGAAAAAAAAAAGUAGAAGGAUUUAGGAAUUAGAAUUUUAUAUAUUGUAUCUGUAGUUUUGUAAUAAACUAAAGAAGAAUUAUGUGUCCACAAUCUCCUGUUGUUACCAAGUUGUAUUUCUGGCAAGCUGCAAGCAGAGCUGCAGUGCAGCUGGUUUGUACUGGCACAGCUGCCCAGGAUGCAAGGAGACUGACAGUUCCUCACAGCUGAUGAGGAGCUGCUGCUCUGAGCUUCUGGAGUGCCUGUGCUCCCCCGACCGCCUUCCCUGCAGCACCUCCCCACAACCCAAUAACCAGAGUUACCUCCCAGCAAGCAGGGCCCUCUAACCUAGGCCACAACAUCGACUUCUACCUAACUUUCCUGAUGCCCUUUAGGAGAAUGUGAUCCCACACACGAAAUUUAUAGUUGUUUUGCCAUCUUUUAAUUUGUGCCUUUAAGAAAAGAUGAUUUGAUUAAUCUAGUUGGUUACAAAGAGGGGUUUCCAAUUAUAUUUUGAUAAUGCCCCAAAAGUUAUGAAAGUAAUUUCUACUGAAUAUGUAUAGUUAAAUUUUGCAUUUCCCUAUUGAGCACCGACGAUUUAUUGGAAUUGAUUUCAAUUAGGAAUUUAGGGAUAUAUAAGAACCAAUUAAAGCCCAUACUUACCUUGAUGUGGGACAAUUAAGAAGAUACAAAAAAUGGGUUUUGGUGAUAUUUAAUCAUGGUUAUUUAGCUUAACAUACACAUGUAAAGGCAUGUGUCUUGUUUUUCUCCUUUGCCUUUUAGCUGCACUUUUUCUGCCUCUGACAUGUUGGCAGCUCAGAAACUGCUCUCUGGGCGGUGACUGGGGAACAGGGUAUUCAAGUUCACUAAACGCUCAAUUUUCCAUUGAUAGAGUAUCAGUGUCCACAGACUUAAGACUGCAAGCACAGCAAAGACACCCAUAAUGAAUGGUCCUUUAAACUGCUUUUCUUUGGAGACUGAUUCUGAACAUAAAGUGUUACAGAGGGCGCAGGAAACUAAGCUGAGCCCACUUGACCCUGUGACGAAUCUUGGAACUUCCUUGUCUUGAAUACAUUCUUAGUAGUAGCUUCUUGGCUUUUCAAAAAAGGAAAAAUAUGGCAUCUGUAGCUUAUUAACUGUGGUGCUUUGAGUUUUCUCAGGUGAGUUUCUUGAUAAAAUAUUUGCGAAGUGGC